CUCAACGCAAAAAAGGGUAAAGGAAGCAAAACACUCAAAAACUCUAGUCUUUUGCAGGUGAAUUGAAAAAAAAAAUGGAUUUUGCCAUGGGAGCUGCUGGUGGGUCUGGUGAUGAUCAACACAAUCAGAGCUUAAACAAAGGAAAAAAGACGACCACCUACCGUCGUCAUAAAGAGGAUCAAAGAACUAGGCUUGAAGAACUGUUCAGAAAGUGCCCAAAUCCAGAUGAAAUCGAAAGACGUCAAAUAGCCAAAGAUCUCGGGCUUGAGCCAAAACAAGUAAAAUUUUGGUUUCAGAAUAAGAGGACUCAAAAAAAGACUAUAUCUGAGCGAGUGGAUAAUAAUGUCCUUCGUGUUGAGAAUGAAAGAAUGCACAACGAAAACCUCGUACUGAGAGAGGCAUUAAAGACUAUAAUUUGCCCUUCUUGUGGGGGUCCACACAAUGAAGAUGAAAGGCGUGAACUUUGUCUAGAACAACUUCGUCUUGAAAAUGCUCGUCUAAAAGCACAGCAUGAGAAGUUGUCUAAGUUUCUUGUACAGCACAUGGAUAAACCAAUUUUGGAACAAAACUUGGAUUCCCCUAUCAGAGGAUCUUCGUCACAUGGUCCAUUACUAGGAAGUUCUCUAAGACUAAGAGCUGGAAGAUCUCGUAUGAAUCUUGGUGCUUCAACAAGUCAUGAUUCAUUUCAAGAUGAAGAAGAUACCAUGUCAAGCCAAGCUGGGAGCAAAAUAAUAACACAGAUGGAAAAGACAAUGAUGGCACAUAUUGCAGUGGCUGCUAAGGAUGAAUUGCUCAAGCUUUUGCGCACAAAUGAGCCCUUAUGGGUCAAGUCUUCAACUGAUCAGAGAUAUGUUCUUCAUCUUGAAUGCUAUGAAACGAUCUUUCCAAGGAUUAACCACUUCAAGAAUUCCAAAGCGCGCGUAGAAUCAUCAAAAGAUUCGCGAAUUGUCAGAAUUAAGGCGAAGGAAUUAGUUGACAUGCUUUUAAAUUCGGAAAUUUGGGAAAAUCUUUUCUCAAGAAUUGUUACAAAAGCGCGCACAAUCCAAGUACUUGAAAAUGGUUCAUUGGAAAAUCGAAGUGGAGUUUUGUUGCUGAUGCGUGAAGAGAUGCACGUUCUUUCACCUUUAGUGCCAUCUCGGGAAUUCUACUUCCUUCGCUAUUGUCACCAAGUUGAAGCUAAUGUAUGGGUUAUAGCAGAUGUUUCAGUUGACUGCAUGAAAGAGAACAACCAUGAUCCUAACUGUUGGAGGUUUCCCUCUGGAUGCAUGAUUCAGGGAAUUUCUAAUGGCAUGUGCCAGGUUUCUUGGGUUGAACAUGUUGAAGUGGAUGAGAAGAUCCAAACACAUCAUCUGUUUAAAGAUCUUGUUAAUAGAAAUAUUGCAUAUGGAGCAGAAAGAUGGCUUUUGGAACUUCAAAGAAUGUGCGAAAGAUUUACUAGUCUUGAAGUUGAAUACAUACCUAAUUAUGACAUCGGUGGAGUGAUCACUACUCUAGGAGGAAGGAUGAGUAUGAUGAAGUUUUCUCAUCAAAUGGUUAAAAGCUUCUAUGGAAUUUUAAAUAUGUCAAGUAUCACUGACUUCCCACAACAUUUAGCUGAUGAGAAUACUGGGAUUAGGAUUUGUGCUCGAAAAGUCACAAACUCAAAUCAAUCAAAUCCCAAUAUUAUAAUCACUGCUACUACAUCUUUCCGACUUCCUUUGCCUUCUCAAAAUGUUUUUGACUUCUUUAGGGAUCCAAUAAGACGUGUUAAGUGGGAUGCUAUGUGUUAUAAAAGACCUCUACAUGAGAUUGCACGCAUAUCCACGGGAACUCAUCCCAACAACUAUAUAUCCAUUAUUCAGCAGCCUAUCCACCCAACUGCAAAUAAUGUGGUGAUUAUUCAAGAAAGUUGUACCGAUCCUCUAGGAUCAUAUGUUGUAUAUUCUUCAACCAAUAUACUUGACAUAAAGAGGACAAUAAAUGGAGAAGAUUCAUCGACAAUGCCAUUUUUUCCAUCAGGCAUUGUCAUUUCAGAGGAAGGACAAUCUAUUACAAAUGCUCGCGCAUCGAGUAGUGGAAAUGGGGAUGUAAGAACAAGAGGAUCACUACUGACUGUAGCUUUCCAAAUAUUGAUGAAUAGUUCACCGACCAUGAUGAUGGAAUUUGUGACUGUUGUUAACUCUCUCAUCACCUCAACAGUCGAAAACAUAAAUGAUGCUUUGAUCAGUUCUUUCAAUUAAGAUUUCUAGGGAUUUUUCAUUUCUAGAUGAAGGAGGAUAUGAUUGGAAGUUUUUGCUUCCAUAGUAUUUAAGGGUAGUUGUUGGACCUUCUUGUGUCAUUUUGCAUAAUUAUAUCACAAAGAAUUACAUAAUUCUUUACUUUUAAUUAA